AUGAGAGAGCUCGUCAACAUUCCACUGGUACAUAUUCUUACUUUGGUUGCCUUCAGCGGGACUGAGAAACUUCCAAAAGCUCCUGUCAUCACUACUCCUCUGGAAACAGUGGAUGCCUUAGUUGAAGAAGUGGCUACUUUCAUGUGUGCGGUGGAAUCCUAUCCCCAGCCUGAAAUUUCUUGGACCAGAAAUAAAAUUCUCAUUAAGCUCUUUGACACCCGGUACAGCAUUCGAGAGAACGGGCAGCUCCUCACCAUCCUGAGCGUAGAAGACAGUGAUGAUGGCAUCUACUGUUGCACAGCCAACAAUGGCGUGGGGGGCGCCGUGGAGAGCUGUGGGGCUCUGCAAGUGAAGAUGAAGCCAAAAAUAACUCGUCCUCCCAUAAAUGUAAAAAUAAUAGAAGGAUUAAAGGCAGUUCUACCAUGUACUACAAUGGGCAAUCCCAAACCAUCAGUGUCGUGGAUUAAGGGGGACGGUGCACUCAGGGAAAAUUCCCGCAUUGCAGUUCUUGAAUCUGGGAGUUUAAGGAUUCACAAUGUGCAAAAGGAAGAUGCAGGACAUUAUCGAUGUGUGGCAAAAAACAGCCUCGGGACGGCAUAUUCCAAAUUGGUGAAGCUGGAAGUUGAGGAAGAAAGUGAACCUGAACAAGAUACUAAAGUUUUUGCCAGAAUCCUGCGGGCUCCUGAAUCCCACAAUGUCACAUUUGGCUCCUUUGUGACUCUGCGCUGUACAGCAACAGGCAUCCCUGUCCCCACCAUCACCUGGAUUGAAAACGGAAAUGCUGUUUCUUCUGGGUCCAUUCAAGAAAGUGUGAAAGACCGAGUGAUUGACUCAAGAUUGCAGCUGUUUAUCACUAAGCCAGGACUCUUCACAUGCAUAGCUACUAAUAAGCAUGGAGAUAAAUUCAGCACUGCAAAGGCUGCAGCCACCAUCAGCAUAGCAGAAUGGAGUAAACUACAGAAAGAUAACAAAGGCUACUGCGCCCAGUACAGAGGGGAGGUGUGUAAUGCUGUCCUGGCCAAAGACGCUCUUGUUUUCUUCAACAAUUCCCAUGCAGACCCUGAGGAGGCCCAAGAACUACUGGUUCAUACCGCCUGGAAUGAACUGAAAGCAGUGAGCCCAUUUUGCCGGCCAGCUGCUGAGGCUUUGCUGUGUAACUACAUCUUCCAAGACUGCAACCCUGGGCUAGUGCCUAUUCCUACACCCAUUUGCAGAGAAUAUUGCCUGGCAGUAAAGGAGCUCUUCUGUGCAAAAGAGUGGCUGGCAAUGGAAGAAAAGACUCACAGAGGACUCUACAGAUCUGGGAUGCACCUGCUCUCUGUGCCAGAUUGCAACAAGCUCCCCAGCAUGCACUGGGACCCCAUGGCCUGCACCAGACUGCCAUAUUUAGCAUUCCCACCCAUGACAUCCUCAAAGCCAAGCGUGGACAUUCCAGACUUGCCUUCCUCUUCCUCUUCCUCCUUCUCUGUCUCACCUACAUACUCCAUGACUGUAAUAAUCUCCAUCAUGUCCAGCUUUGCCAUAUUUGUGCUUCUUACGGUAACUACUCUUUAUUGCUGCCGAAGACGAAAACAAUGGAAAAAUAAGAAAAGAGAAUCUGCGGCAGUAACCCUCACUACUCUUCCUUCUGAGCUCUUGCUAGACAGACUUCAUCCCAACCCCAUGUACCAGAGGAUGCCACUCCUUCUCAAUCCCAAAUUGCUCAGCCUGGAGUACCCAAGGAAUAACAUUGAAUAUGUGAGAGAUAUUGGAGAGGGAGCAUUUGGAAGGGUCUUUCAAGCAAGGGCUCCAGGCUUACUUCCAUAUGAACCUUUCACAAUGGUGGCAGUGAAGAUGCUCAAAGAAGAAGCCUCAGCAGAUAUGCAAGCAGACUUUCAGAGGGAGGCAGCCCUCAUGGCAGAGUUUGAUAACCCUAACAUUGUGAAACUCUUAGGCGUGUGUGCAGUCGGGAAACCCAUGUGCCUGCUCUUCGAAUACAUGGCCUAUGGCGACCUCAACGAGUUCCUCCGCAGCAUGGCCCCGCACAGCGGGUGCAGCCUCAGUCACGGCGACCUGUCCGGGAGGGCCCAGGCGUCCAGCCCUGCCCCGCCGCCCCUCUCCUGCGCCGAGCAGCUCUGCAUCGCCAGGCAGGUGGCCGCCGGCAUGGCUUACCUCUCGGAGCGCAAGUUUGUGCACCGGGAUCUGGCCACCCGGAACUGCCUGGUGGGCGAGAACAUGGUGGUGAAAAUCGCCGACUUCGGCCUCUCCAGGAACAUCUACUCGGCGGACUACUACAAAGCCAACGAAAACGACGCCAUCCCCAUCCGCUGGAUGCCCCCCGAGUCCAUUUUCUACAACCGCUACACCACCGAGUCGGACGUGUGGGCCUACGGCGUGGUGCUGUGGGAGAUCUUCUCGUACGGCCUGCAGCCCUACUACGGCAUGGCCCACGAGGAGGUCAUCUACUACGUGCGCGACGGCCACAUCCUCGCCUGCCCCGAGGACUGCCCCCUGGAGUUGUACAACCUGAUGCGCCUCUGCUGGAGCAAGCUGCCCGCCGACAGGCCCAGCUUCGCCAGCAUUCACCGCAUCCUGCAACGGAUGUGCAAGAGGGCGGAGGGGACGCUGAGCGUCUGA